AACACAUAACUCUUAAUUACCUAAAGUAAUCAAAGUGAUAAGUAGAGAAACUGUUUUAUGAAUGAAAUACACACAAAAAACGUUAACGAAGUUGCUAUAGAUGUUAUAAGGGGAUAAUUGAAGGUUUUGCCUCGAGGAAGCAUGUCCCUCCUGGGCCGCCGUAUUGGCCACGCAUGGCUACCAGGGAUCAUGUUGAAGGUGACAGGUAGACUCAUGGCCGGAGCCUUCACCUUGUGGCCGGCCACAGUCUACGCCGCAGCGGGUGACGGAAAGAAGCCCACGCCCGCCAAGCUGAACCGGGAGGACCUGUCGCUGUACGCCGCGUCGCGACAAGAGAAAGCCGCGUCCGAGGAGCCCAAAGCCGGGCAACUGGAGCAGAGUGUCGCUACCCUGAGGAAGCUCGCGGAGCCGUACGCGGCUUGGUGUCGGACCACCUACGACCGCAUCGAACCCAAAGUCCAAAGCGCGGUGCGGCUGGGGGGAGACACCUGGGUGUUCCUCAAAAAUCCGCCGGGAGACUUCUACGCGCGGGCCGGGAUCAUCGGCUUGACCGGCGUGCUGGGGCUGCUUCUCGCCAGGCGAUCGCGGGUCAAGAGGUUCAUCUACCCGGCGGGCCUGAUGGCCACCUGCGGCUCCCUCUACUAUCCAGAUAAGGCGGCGACCAUCGCCAGGUCCGCCGGGGACACCCUGUACGAAGGCGCCGUGCACGGCUACGCCACCGUGGAGAAGAUCAUGAAGCCGCAAAGCAAGAAGGCCGAGCCGGGCGUCAACCCUGAAGGGAAACGCUGAGGGUCGCCAAAGCAGGAAGACACCAGCAGCUUUAACAACUGGGUGCUCUUGUUCAUGCCUACUUUUUAUACCAAGAUAACUCAGGCUGGACUAUCAGAAUGUAUAUUUAUGCAGAAAAUGAAUAAUAGUAAUAAUAAAAAAAAAUCCAAGUUUUU